AUGUUCAGCAGGAAUCUAGCAAGAGCAGCACAGUCCAUCAAGUUCCAACCACCAGCAAGAUCGUUCUCGCUCUCUGAAUGGUUUGCCUCGUGGACAAAAGCAGCGCAAACGCAACGGUUAAUCUAUCCGCCACCGUACUCGCAGUUCACAACCAGCAACAGAAUAAUUGACGUCUGGAUUACAGAGAAGCAAGAGUUGUACAACUACAUCAACGUCAAGCCGCCCGUGCUUUUGAACUUCACGUUUGCUACUGCCAAGGAUAAUAGAGUCACCCAGGCGUUGUUUGACGUCUUGAGCGACAAGUCCAAGUACCCCAAUGGAGAUAAGCCGGUGUAUUUGGUCAAUAUACUAGCUGAUCUGGCUGGCGGGCUGGAGUUGAUGGUGGACUAUGCUGUUGGAGGCAAAUUGCCCUGUGUUCUUGUGUUGCUGCAUCAGUUGCCUGUUGGACGGUGGACUCCCGAUGUGGAGAGUUUCAGCGAGCAGGACUGUAUCGAGUUCUUGAAAACUGUUGGCUAA